GCCUCUCUCUCUUUUACUGGCUUCUGGUCAGGCUAAGGGAGAUAGAGACAGAAGAGAGACAGGGUUGGAGGGACUUUAGUUGCUCCAGGGUGGUGAAUCCACAGAGCUCUGUGGGAUCAGAGGCAUACCACUGAGCUGAAGAAAUCUACAGACACAAUAACAACACUCCUAGUCAUACAGACACACACAGAUCUGGAGCAGAUCCAGGAUGGAGCUGUACCUGGCCUUUCUGCUGGGGAUCCUGCCCACUGCAGCUCAAGAAUGGCGGCGUCCUGUGAUCAAGCUAAACUCAGAGGUCGUGGUUGGGUCUGAAGUAGUACUGAACCCUGGCACCCCAUUGGUCCUGAGGUGUGAGGGGGAUGGGCCAGUCAACUGGCUGACCCGGUUGUCCAAACACAAGAGCUUAAUCUCCAAGGGCAAUGGGAGAGUCAGAACCUUCAGGGUGGACCGCCCCUCUGCAGAACACACUGGGACAUAUAAAUGUGAAUAUACCAGUGUGAACGUCAAGGUUCGGGACUUGUUCUCUACGGUGCACGUGUAUGUGAAAGACCCAGACAGCCUGUUUUGGACCAGCAGCGCAUCCCUGCGUGUGGUGAGGAAGGAGGGGGAGGACCACCUGCUCCCCUGCCUGCUGACCGACCCAGAGGCCACAGACUUGGGGCUCCGCAUGGACAACUGUACCUCCGUGCCCCCAGGGAUGAACUACACAGCAGACCCCCGCAGAGGCAUUCUCAUCCGCAACCUCCACCCCAGCUACAAUGCUGACUAUGUCUGCAGCGCCAAACUCCACGGGGUGGAGAGGACUUCCAAGACUUUCAACCUCAACAUCAUCCAAAGGCUGCGUUUCCCACCUUAUGUAUUCCUGGAAAAGGAUGAGUAUGUUCAUAUCGUGGGCGAGAAGCUGAGCAUCCACUGCACCACACACAACCCCAACUUCAACUAUAAUGUCACGUGGAAUUACACCUCCAAAAAGAGAUUUACAAUAGAGCAGAAAGUCCAAUCAGUUGACAGUAACCGUCUGGACAUUGAAAGCAUCCUGACCAUCCCUGUAGUGGACCAGUCAGACACAGGCAACAUUACCUGCAUCGGCACCAACGAGGCUGGAGUCAACAAAUCUACCACCUCCCUGAUGGUUGUAGAGGAGGCCUACAUCCGUCUUUCUCCCCAGCUGUCCUCCAAGCCGGCUCACCAGGGCCUGUCCAUUGACGUGAACGAGGGGGAAGACCUGAAACUCAGUGUCCUGAUCGAGGCGUACCCUCAGAUCACAGGCCAGCACUGGGACACCCCUACAGCCUCCUCCACGCAGGAACAAACCUUUACACGCUAUAACAACAGGUAUUCCGCUACCCUGCUGCUCAAGAGGAUGAUUGCACAGGAGCAGGGCCAGUACACCUUCUAUGCCAAUAGUUCCAUGGCCAACGCAUCCAUUACAUUCCAAAUCCAAAUGUAUCAGAGGCCGGUUGCCGUGGUGAGAUGGGAGAACAUCACCACCCUCACGUGCACGUCGUUUGGUUACCCUGCUCCCAUAAUCCUCUGGUACCAGUGCUCUGGAAUCCGAACCACGUGCAAUGAGAACGCAACAGGUCACCAGAUUUCUGCUCCUCUCUUGGCCCAAACAGUCGAGGUCCAGAGGGAGGAGUAUGGCGCGGUCGAGGUCCAGAGCGUCCUGACAGUGGAACCGUCCAGCCAUAGGAUGACCGUGGAGUGUGUCGCCUUCAACCUGGUCGGAGUCGGUAAAGACACCUUCGCCAUGGACGUUUCCAAUAUAAUGUUCACCUCCACUCUAUUGGGAGCAGCUGUUGUGCUGGCCCUUCUCCUCCUGCUACUCAUGGUCCUGCUCUACAAGUACAAACAGAAACCGAGAUAUGAGAUCCGGUGGAAGAUCAUCCAGGCCAGUGAAGGAAACAACUACACCUUUAUCGACCCAACUCAGAUGCCGUACAAUGAGAAGUGGGAGUUUCCCAGGGACAAGCUCAAGCUAGGAAAGAUCCUAGGAGCCGGGGCCUUUGGGAAGGUGGUGGAGGCCACAGCCUAUGGUCUGGGGGAGGACGACAACGCGAUGCGAGUGGCUGUAAAGAUGCUCAAAGCCAGGGCCCACUCAGAUGAGAGAGAGGCUUUGAUGUCAGAACUGAAGAUUCUGAGUCACCUGGGACAGCACAAGAACAUUGUCAACCUCCUGGGAGCCUGCACUCAGGCGGGACCUGUACUGGUGAUCACUGAGUACUGUAGUCAUGGCGACCUUCUGAACUUCCUGCGACACAAGCAGGAGACCUUCCUGAACUUUGUCAUGAACAUACCAGCGGUACCAGAGGAGACCAGUGACUACAAGAACCUCUGCGAGGGGAAACAGUUCAUCAGAAGUGAUAGUGGGAUAUCCAGUGUGUGUUCUGACAGCUACCUGGAGAUGAGGCCUGGUCCCCAGCCUGUCAACUCCUCUCUGGACUCUGUGUGUGAGGAUGGUGGGCCGGACUCGUGGCCGUUGGACAUGGAGGACCUGCUGAGAUUCUCCUACCAGGUGGCUCAGGGCCUGGACUUCCUUGCAGCCAAGAACUGUAUUCACCGGGACGUUGCAGCUAGGAACGUUCUCCUUACAGACCUCCGUGUGGCUAAGAUCUGUGACUUCGGCCUGGCACGUGACAUCAUGAAUGACUCCAACUAUGUGGUGAAGGGCAAUGCGCGUCUGCCAGUGAAGUGGAUGGCUCCAGAGAGUAUCUUUGACUGUCUCUACACUGUCCAGAGUGACGUCUGGUCCUAUGGGAUCCUGCUAUGGGAGAUCUUCUCUCUAGGAAAGAGCCCCUACCCCAGUGUCCUGGUGGAUACUAAAUUCUACAACAUGAUCAAGUGUGGUUAUCAGAUGUCUCGACCAGACUUCGCACCUCCAGAGAUGUAUACAAUCAUGAAAAUGUGCUGGAAUCUGGAGCCAACAGAGCGACCGACCUUCAGCAAGAUCAGCCAGCUGAUUGAGAGAUUACUGGGUGAGGAGCCAGAACGUCCAGAUCAGCAGCACCAGAACAUCCAGCUGCAGCAGGACAUGACGGUCGAGGAGUUGGAGCCGUGUGAUGAUAAUGAUGAGCCUAAGUGUUGUGACGGCUCCUGUGACCAGUCGUGUGAGCACGAAGAGGAGGAGCAACCACUGGUGAAGACCAAUAACUAUCAGUUCUGCUGAAAGCAUAAUUCUAUUCCUAUGUCUGACAGCUCCGACAUCAUCAAACUGUCCACAUUCUGAUCUGGAAUUCGUCCACUUUCUAUCUUCUCCUGCUCACUGUAGAAUCAUUCUGGGAGCACAGAGCCAAAGAAAUUGAAUUGUGAUAUUUUGUUAAAGCAUUGAAAAUCAGUUUUUAGGCCUGUUUUACACUGUAUACAGACAGGAAGUCAUGUGGCUUGUUAUAUCCCAUGACAAGUUUUGGAAAAACAAAGGCGAGAAUGAAUCUAAUCACAGAUAGUGCCUUAGUUGUGUAAUUAACAUAUAUAAUGCCUUAUUUUACAUGAAUUACUCUUAUUUGUUGUAUGUUUUGGAGAUUAUCUUUUAAAUCUAUGCACCAAAGAUGCAUCUACCCUGACAGAACAGAUUGUGUUGCUCACAGCUUUUUGUAGGCUAUUUGUACUUUUAAUGUACAUUAUAUUCUUCUGUAGCCACUAUGGUGAGGGUUUAUCUAUUAUUUGAGGGAAAUGGGAACGAAUGCUGGUGGUGUUUGAAUUGACAUUUGUCAGCGGGUUCACUUUCACAUUGUAGGACUACCUUUUUCAACAUGCUAUGCAGCAGCAAGACAGUAGCAAACAAUGCAAUUGUAUAAUUUGUGCUACAGUAUAUUUGAGCAGGUUUUAUAUUUGUAUGAUGGCUUAGUUUGAUGCUGGACGUAAUAACAUGAGAUGCAAUCUAACUGGGGACCACAUUCCAUGUAUUGUCCUUCAGCAUAAACAUGCUGCAUGAAAUGCAUUGAAAUGGAUAUUGAGAUGCUAUUUACAUCAAUGAAAGCAUGUGUACUGUU